CUAAUCAGCGACAAUGGACCUCACCGCCUUAAUUUCUUCCGCCUCAGCGCCCUGGAGGUACCUGACGGCGUGGUUACUGUUGGUACUGGGCCUGCACAGUGCCAGCCGCUGUGCGUGCCUCCCGCCCCUCCACUCCGCCCCCCUUUUCUCUGGCUCUGGUACAACGCUGUUGGGAUCUGCGCUACGCUACGCUGGUCUUCUUAUCCUCUCCUCGAGCCUCGCCCUCCCGUCCCUGCACCACUCCUCUGCCUCCUUUUUUUCCCUUCUUAUUCCACUCGCUCCCCCUCCUCUCGCUCACCUGCUCGUUGCUACUUUAUACGCGUAGCUUCGUAUCUUCGUUUGCGCGUGUUCUUCCCAGCAACAGUGCCCGUGCGAACCUCCCCCUCCACCCCACUACCCAACCUUCAUCAUGUCCGCCGUCAUCUCCAACGGCGCCGAGGCCAACGCCUUCAAGGGCGAUAUCAAGGUCGAGAAGAUCUGCUGUGUUGGUGCUGGUUACGUCGGUGGUCCCACCGCUGCUGUCAUCGCCUUCCAGAACCCUCACAUCCAGGUGACCGUUGUCGACCGAGACGUGACCCGUAUCCGCCGCUGGAACUCGCUCCACCCUCCCAUCUACGAGCCCGGUCUGCACGACAUCAUCAGAAUUGCCCGUGACGGUAGCCGCGAGGCCGCUGUCGCCAAGGAGCCCAGCACCGAGGAUGCCGUCACCCUUGCUACUCGACAGCCCAACCUCUUCUUCUCUACCGACAUUGCCAAGCACAUUGGCGAGGCCGACAUCGUCCUCGUCGCCGUCAACACCCCCACCAAGUACCGUGGUGUUGGUGCCGGCAGUGCCACCGACAUGACCGCCUUCGAGGCCGUUACCGGUGUUGUUGCUCAGCACGCCCGCGAGGGCGCCAUCAUUGUCGAGAAGAGCACUGUCCCUUGCCGCACUGCUCAGCUUGUCGCUGACACCCUCAACAUGCACCGCCCCGGUGUCCACUUCGAGAUUCUCUCCAACCCCGAGUUCCUGGCUGCCGGUACCGCCGUCGCCGAUCUGCUGUACCCUGACCGUAUUCUGAUCGGUUCCAACCCCACCCCCGCUGGUAAGAAGGCCGCCGAGGCCCUUGCCGGCGUUUACGCUGCUUGGGUCCCCCGCGAGCGCAUCCUGACCACCAACGUCUGGUCUUCUGAGCUCGCCAAGCUUGUCGCCAACUCUAUGCUGGCCCAGCGUAUUUCCAGCAUCAACUCCAUCUCUGCCCUCUGCGAGCAGACCGGUGCCGAUGUCGACGAGGUCGCCCGCGCUGUCGGUGUUGACCCCCGUAUCGGCAACAAGUUCUUGAUGGCCGGUAUCGGUUUCGGUGGCAGCUGCUUCAAGAAGGACGUUCUCAACCUGGUCUACCUUGCCGACACUAUGGGUCUCCCCGAGGUCGCCGAGUACUGGCGCCAGGUCGUCAAGAUGAACGAGUAUGCCCGUGACCGCUUCUCCAACCGUGUCAUCAAGUGCCUCAACAACACCCUUGUUGGAAAGAAGGUCACCAUCCUCGGCUUCGCCUUCAAGAAGAACACUUCCGAUACCCGUGAGGCCCCUGCCCUCGAGAUGAUCAAGACUCUUCUCGAGGAGCGACCCCGCGAGGUUGCUGUUUUCGACCCCUGCUGCAACCCCCUCGUCAUCAAGCAGGAGAUCAAGGCCCUUCUUGGCCCUCAGGCCGAGGGUGCCAACAUCUCCGUCUACGGCAACGCCUACGACGCCUGCGACGCCAGCACUGCCAUCAUCAUCGCCACCGAGUUCGACGAGUUCCGCAACCAGCCCGCUCCCAAGCCCGCGCCUGCCCCCGUCGAGCCCGCUCCUACGAGCCGCAAGCCCAACCCCAAGGCCGACCCUCGCCCCUUCAAGGCUGAGGUCCCCACCGAGAACGAGCUCCUCGCCCUCCACAAGUACCUCGUCCAGCGCGAUGAUGUCAAGUCGGCCGAUCCCCUCGACCGCUUCAACGUCGAGCCCAGCUGUGAGGAUGACUGCCCCGACUGCAUCCAGGAGCGCGAGAGCAAGGAGACUGGCUUCGCUACUGGCAUGGGCAGCGCCGAGGAGUACAAGCCCAAGGAGCGUGUCGACUGGGUCCGCAUCUCCGAGAACAUGGCCAAGCCUCGCUGGGUCUUCGAUGGCCGUGGUGUCAUCGACUCGCGCGAGAUGGUCAAGCUGGGCGUCCGCGUCGAGAGUGUUGGUCGCCAGCACCGCUUCUAAGCGACCUGAGAAGGGUCCGAGGGGGCAGGUUUUUGACGGCCGACAUUUUGGGUUUCUUAGGUGUAUGAAUGUGUCGUCUGGCAAACAAUUAUUACUGUUUUAAUAGGCAUGAAAUGAAGAUUUGGACGCGGCCGACGAGACAUGUGGAGGAGGCUUGUCAACUGGAUGGACAAGGGUGCGAGGCGUGGGAGAAUGGGUCCUGGAUAUAGAACUAGAUCUCCAAAGCAUGAGUUGGCUUGAAAACACUAGAUCAAUCAAUUGAAGUUAAACUAAACAUUGGAAAUAUUUGUUUGCUUGCGCAUUGCCUAGGUUGGAAAAUGUUAGGAGAAAGGGAGUGCACAACGGAAGAGUUUGG